GUUUCAUCCAUUUCGUUUGCCGCUUCGGGAGUAGCAGUCCGCACCUCUACACGGGCGGUUUUCCUCCGUUUUUUUGUCGUGUCGCCAAAUAGUUCUUCUGCAAAAUGUCUUUCACUCACGCGCCCUUGCUCGACACGGAUGCGUGUCUGGAGUUCCUAAACGCUCUAGAAUACGGGAAAGCGCAUCCCGUCCACGAGCUGCAAGACUGCGCGACUGCCGAGUAUGUCUGGGGCGCGCUCCACGAAAUUUACCCUGCCUGGUUUGACGAGUCUCUUCACCCGUCAAAGUUCCCCAAUGCCCAGGAGGCGCUGUCUCAGAUCCUCUAUUACCUCGAUGAAUUUCACGAAAAUAAAUACUCUGGAGAUUUCAGUGUCAUCACAGGACAUCUCGACGCUUUCCUCAAAGGCGAUCCCUCACUCAUUUUGAAAACGCACGAAUUCAUCUUGCUCGCGGCAGUGAAUGGAGACUCCCAGCAAAUCAUCGCAAAAAUCAUGGCUAUGUCCCAGCCUACUCAAGAAAUCAUUCAGGCGAUAAUCCAACAAUAUGCAGAUGCAGAUAACGGAUCGUCGAACGAUACUCCUACGAACUUUAGCCGCAUGGCCUCUGAGGCGGCAGCGGCGAGACGGGAGCCUUCGAUUGCAGACGACCUCGGGCUCGGUCGGUCCUCAAGCGCGGUUGGAGGCCACUUGGCCCCGGUUCUCCAAAAGGUUCAGGAUGAGCUUUCGCAGAUAAAGGCGGAACUUCGCAAGACGAAGAACGCGCUCACGGAAAGCGAAAGCCAGAGAGAAACGCUGUCGGACAAACUCCAGUUGGCCGAGAAGGAACGAGAAGAAGAAAAAACAAAACGCAUGGUUUUAGAGCAGCAGCUCUCGGCGAAGAAGGAUGUCCUGGUGAAAGACUUCACAGAGCAGAUCGAGGAUUCGGACAAACAGAGAGCGAAGCUGAAGGAGGAACUGGAGAAUGAAAAAAAAGAGAGGAAGAAGGCGGAUGAGAAGAACCGCGCCGUUGUUGCAGAACUCAAAGAAGAAAUGGAUCUCUUGAAGCAGGAGGCUCGUCGCGUGUCCACGCUAGAAGUUCAGGUGCAAAACUACAAGACGAAACUGACCGAAAUGGCGGCCCUGAAGGAGAAAAUGACUCAACUCGAACUUCAGAACAAGGCUUACAUGGACCGAAUUGUUGAGGGCGAGGCCGACAGCGUCGGAGCUUUGGGAUUGAGGAAGCAGAUCGAUUCGUACAAGGAGCGUGUCGCAGAUGUGGAGGAGCGACUCAGUUCGAUGACUGCGGAGAAGGAGGCGCUUUCGAAUCUCAAAGAAGAAGUCGAGAAACAACUUUCUGCAGCAGAAAAGAAGCUGGAGGUGAAGGAGCUGGAGGUCGCACAGUUGGAGGCGAAAAUCGAGGCGAAGGACUUUGAAAUUUCCUCACUCAACGACAAAAUCAAGGAACUCGACAAGAACAAGGGCCGGGAUAUCGCAGAGGAGUUGGCGAACAUGGCCAAAAAGAACAAGGCAGAUGGUGUAGACACUGCAGCUCGAAUCGCUGAGCUGUCCAAUGAAGUCGAUGACUUGAAACGCGUGAAGCAACGUCUGGAGAAGAACGCUGCGGCUUAUGUAGCACAGAUCGCCUUUUUGCAGAAGGAAUUGACAGUUGGGUGUGCGAGUGCGGCCGAUGCCCAGAAGCUGCAAGACCUGGUGGAGAAGACUGCGAAGCAGGAAGAGGAAAUCAAGCAACUCAGAGAGAGCAAAGAUGACAUGGCGAAGCAAAUGAUGGAGGCUUUGAGCAAACACGAGAAAGGCUCCGGUGGCGACGAGACAUCGGCGGCGAAGGUCGCGAUGCUGGAGACGCAGCUCGAGUUUGAGAAGAAGCAGGCCUCUAUGCGGGAAGAUAUCGUCCGAGCCAAGGUCGAGAAGGAAAUGGAGAAUGUCCACUCGACUUUGAAGAAUCAACUGCAACUCCGAGAGCGCGAGAGCAAUUUCUACAGAAAGGCUGUAGAGGAGAAUGCGGAGAGUAGCAAAAAGGAAAUGAAGCUGCUUUCCUCUGUCCUCUACGACCUUGGACUGCGGUUUCACCGUCUGCAGGCGUACUGCGACCAACUGAAAAACGAAAACGAAGCCAUCCAGCUCAGAGUUCGACUACACCAGCAGAGCAACGCGUCGAUGGCCGACUCGAUUGCGACAGAUUCUGUCACACCUCGGGAGGCGUGAAAGGACUGUGGAGUCAGCGUCUCCAAAAAGUAGAAGGGGCACUUCGAAGUCACCGUUUGGCUAAGGAAUAACAAUUGGCGGAAAUCUUUCUACAUUGCACGAAGAGCACACGCUAUACGAGAAUCUGCUCGGGGGAGUUCGAGAAACUGUUUGAAGUUGUUCGCUCAAAGCUGCGGUGUGGAGUAUCCAUAAGUGCUGCCUGGGCGACAGGUGUGCGCUUUUUUCCCCUCCGCAUCAGGGACGGACUCUGCCCUUCAGGGAAGGUUGCAGCGAGUUUAGCAACCCAGAGUCUCUACCUCCUCGGCUUUUAUAUUCCUUAUAAAAGUGCCUGAUUGAGAAUGUAUUUCGGCACCAGUUGGACUGAACAGCCCUUUUCUCAGCAGUGCCGUUUUUUUCAGUUCUUUCUCUAUUACGGAUGCGGGACACCAGUUGAAAAGUCCGGCAAACAGCGUUCUGCGCGCACUUCAUUCUUCGAGGGAUAUAUGUAGUUCAGUCUGACGGCUCGGGAGAAAAUCCGUCGCCGGAACACAGGCGUGGGCUACCGUCAGCGACGCUUUGGCUGACGUUAUUGCCCACGUGGCGGAGUCGAGAGAAGCGAACAAUAAAAUGUCACUGAUGAGGGGAUGAAAUAGCACAUGUUUUGUCUGCUAACUGUAGGCAGCAACGGGAGGGAGACUACGCACCUGUCUGGUGUCGAGUCCUGUUUCUCUAUCGUCGCGGCAGGACCCUGCUGUUGUCGUUUCAUCAGCGUCCGAGAUCUGGGCGCACGGAUGACACAACCCGCGUGUCUUCGUUAUAUAGUGUUCUCGACAACCUUGUAGGCGUUACAUGGGGAUCUGCUAUCUCUCGUACCGUUGAUUAACGCUGCUGUCUUCCAGCAUACAAAUUUACUACACAAUAAAA